GUUAUUUCAUCAAAAUGGAAGAUAUUGCCAAUUUCGCUAUUGAUGAACGAGGGCACGUCUCAUACGAGGCUAGGGAUAAAGUUUUUAGGCAGUUGCUGUCGCAAACGGACAAUGCCGUGUGUAUAGACUGUGACGCCAGAAAUCCAACAUGGGUUUCUAUUACAUAUGCUGUGUACCUGUGCUUAAAUUGCUCAGGCAGACAUAGGCAAUUUGGCUCUCAUAUUUCAUUCGUGAGGUCCGCCGAUAUGGAUAAAUUCACAAGGGAACAACUCAUACGAAUGACGCGUGGAGGAAAUGCUCGUGCAAAAGCUUAUUUCAGACAAUGUGGACAAAAUAGGAACCCAUACAACUACUCUUCACCAUUGGCACUCAAGUAUCCAGCGAUAUUGGACGCGGAGUUAGGAAUUGUUAAUGAAAAAGCUGGAUCGUCCGGUAUGCCAGGGGUAGUGCAAGAGGAUCUUUUAGAUUUACACGACGAAGGUGACGUCUUAUCGGCCACUGUGCAGGAUUCAAAGCCUCUGUCAAAUGUCAACGAAACUAACACCCGACAGACACAAAUAAAGUCAAUGACUUUGGCACCGGGUAUGUCAAAAGGUAUGCGUAACCAAGGCGUUCGAUCGAAUACUUAUGGAGGAACAUCUGCAGGAUUCAGUGGAAGGGUGAAUGUAGAUUUUGAUGCAUUCGAAAAGUCAAUAAUGAAUGAAGCCAAACAAAGGGGAAACACAAUCGCAGUUAAUAAUCCCGUACCAUUGGGUGAAUCCUACAGACAAUCUCCACCCAUGGCGUUACAAAUGAAUAACACGGUUGGCAGCGCUGUGUCGAGCAAUCAGCCUCAAUAUAGUCCACCAGAUAUGAGUAAAUUCGCCGGACAAACAAGCAUUUCGUCAGAUCAGGUCUUUGGACGAGGCGCAUAUAGCAAUACAGCCCAACGAAAUGUCAACCUAAAUCCAAACAGGACUAGCAUAUCUUCAGAUGAAUAUUUUGGAAGACCCCCAAAACCACGUUCUAGUGCUGAAACAUUUGAAGAGCGUGCAGUGCAGAACAUCAAAGAUGGUAUUGCUACAGCCAUAAAAGAAGGAAAUAAACUAGUAGGUAUGGCCAAGCAGUGGCUCAAUAAGCAUCAACUAUAAAUACCAUGUAAACUAU